AUAGCUGUUAUCGUGCAUACACAACGAUAAGAAAGACAGACCUAGUUUUUCAGUCUUAUAUUGAUAAUUAACUCUAUGGGAUUGAUUCAGUUUUGUUAGUAUAUAAAAUAUAUAUUUUAAGUAUUAAUGGUUGCAACAGUACAAUAAUUGACGAUAUAGUUAUAAUAUGCAUAUCUCUAAAUGCAACAUAAAUUACCAAAUCAAAAACUGAACGGGUGGCAACAGGAGUCAUGUCCCAGUUUCGCGAUAUUUGGAUGCAGCGGUUCAGUCUUCAGUCUGUGUAACAUAAUGAAAUACUCACCGCAACAGCAACAAAAAGAGCGAAAAUCAGAGAGUGACGUCGCAUCUGUGAUUGCGACUCCUUCGAGGACAUCUCGAAGUAGAAAUUCAACACAUGGAUGCUCAUCUAAUAGAAUAAUUAACAAUACUAUAUCUACAGGAAUAUUUGCUUGGAUGAGAGUAUUCAGAAUGGCAUCAUUACUUCAUCAAAUUGGUUGUUAAAAAUAAAUCUUCUGUUCAAAUAUAUCGAACAGAUAGAUGUAUUAAUUUGUUAUUCGUAAUAAUGCGCAACAGGCGUAUAAAAAAAUGAGAUAUCACACGCUCGACGUUCUUAAAUUUUUCUCUUUGACUUGAUAUUAAAUUUAUUGUGGUCAUUGAUAAUAGGACGUCUUUAGACAUUUAUCUUAGCUCAAAAUAAUUAGUGCGUUAAUGAGCUAAUGCAAUAAUUACUUGUUUAUUAAUUAUUUAAAAUAUAAUUAUCAAAACCCUCACACACACACACAGACACCCAGAUAUAAAUUAAUCUCAAUGUUGAGGUAAAUGAAAACUGCUGAUAAUUAUUAUGACUAUAAAAAUUAAUUUGUCAUCGAUUAGUUAAUAAAUAAUUAUUAAUGUAUUAUUAUUUAUCCAAAUAAUUAUCUUGUAAUCUAUGUUUAAUUAUUAUAAUGCCAGUGAUUUUUAAAAAUACAAUAAAUUAAUUAUAAUUACUGGUAAUGUUAAAUCGUUAAUUAUUAAACGAAUAUAUUU